AUGGCUGAGAUUCGUCGCAAGCUUGUCAUUGUCGGAGAUGGUGCCUGCGGAAAGACUUGUUUGUUGAUCGUCUUUUCCAAGGGCACGUUUCCUGAGGUCUACGUCCCGACCGUCUUCGAAAACUACGUUGCCGAUGUCGAAGUCGAUGGAAAACACGUUGAACUCGCCCUAUGGGAUACGGCUGGUCAGGAAGAUUACGACCGUCUCCGACCUCUAUCAUACCCCGACUCGCACGUCAUCCUGAUCUGUUUCGCCAUUGACUCUCCCGAUUCACUUGACAACGUCCAGGAGAAGUGGAUUUCCGAAGUUCUACACUUCUGCCAAGGUCUUCCCAUCAUCCUCGUCGGAUGCAAAUGCGAUCUGCGACACGACCCUAAGACCAUUGAAGAGCUGGCAAAGACAUCGCAAAAGCCCGUCACACCCGAGCAGGGUGAGGAGGUCCGCAAGAAGAUCGGUGCCUACAAGUAUCUCGAAUGCUCGGCCAAGACCGGCGAGGGCGUCCGUGAAGUGUUUGAGUCGGCCACCCGUGCCGCCCUGUUGACUCGCAAGAGCGGCAAGAGCAAGAAAUGCUUGAUUUUGUAG